UACAGUGGCGAGCUGUCGGGCUGCACAAUGAGCGGGGCUGGCCGGCUCGAGUGGCCGGGCGGAACCGUCUAUGAGGGCGACUUUGCUAAGAACACGCCAGAGGGGGAGGGCGCCUUCACGUGGCCCGACCAAAGCCGGUACGCGGGUGCGGUCUCGGCGGGCAGGCGGCACGGGCGCGGUGAGUAUGUGGCGAGCGACGGCGCGCGGUAUGAGGGCGAGUGGCGCAACGGGCUGCGGCACGGCACCGGCCGUCUCACAUACGCCUGCGGCGCUAUGUACGAGGGGAAGUGGUUGGACGGCAGGAGGGAAGGGGAGGGGACGAUGGCGUAUGCGAGCAGCAACGUGUACCGCGGGCAGUGGAAGGCCAGCUGCCGCAGAGAUGCCGUUGAGAGAGACCCGUCUUCUCCCGUCCAGGCGCAGGAGAGGUAUGUCGGAGAAUGGGAGGCGGGUGUGCGGCAAGGACGCACGGGCACCUUCUACUACGCAAACGGCGCCACCUACGCCGGUGAGUGGCGAUCCAACCAGAAGCACGGCCCGGGCGUCUUUGUAUUUGAGGACGGCUCCGUCUUCGACGGCCUCUUUGCGCACGAUCGC